AUGGACACUCAACCCUCAACCCUCACCGACAAAACACCAACAUCUGCUGUCCCGAACGCAGCAGAACCAGAUGUAGCUGCCUCAAACGUAGCUGAAGACAGUGGUGUAACUGAAGCGGUCCACACAGCAGCACCUGGAAGCAACGAGCCAUCAUGGCCAGCCCUAUCCGAAGGCCACCCUCUCGCCAAACUUACAGCCCAGCUCCCUGACAUCCUUCGUGAAGCCGACUAUGCUGAAGUCUACGGCAUAACUCUUCAGCCUGACGCGCCUUUCCACACGAAACUGAUCUUGCAGAAGUACCUCCGCGCGAACCAGAAUGAUCUGGCAAAAGCGAGGGAGCAGUUGCUGGCGACGCUGAAGUGGCGGAGAGAGUUUCAGCCGCUCAAGGCGGUGGAAGAGGUGUUUAGCCGGAAACGGUUUGGUGGCUUGGGAUAUGUGUGCGUGGUUGACGGGGUGCCGGGGAGUGUCAAUGGGAGGGAUGUGGUUACGUUCAAUAUCUAUGGGGCGGUCAAGGAUAAUAAGGCUACCUUUGGAGAUCUCGAGGGCUUCCUCCGUUGGCGUGUUGCCCUCAUGGAACUCACCCUCCAGAAACUCUCCUUGACUACCGCCACGACCCCAAUACCGGAUUACGGCGCCGGCCCCGAUCCUUAUCAAGCGAUCCAGGUGCACGAUUAUCUGCAAGUCUCCUUUUUACGUCAGGACCCUGUCGUUAAAACCGCAACUAGAAAGACGAUCGACACUUUCUCACGGUACUACCCUGAAACGUUGAGCAGAAAGUUCUUCGUGAAUGUUCCGGUGAUCAUGGGCUGGAUGUUCUCGGCCAUGAAGAUGGUGCUGAGCAAAGAGACUGUGAAGAAGUUCACCGUGCUGAGUUAUGGAAAUCAACUGGCGGGCGAGCUGGGGAGUGGAGUGCCGGGAGCGUAUGGUGGGAAGGCUGGCGCACUGGAGGGUGUGGGAGAGGCAGUGAAGCUGGAGGGCUGA